AUGGAUAAUGCCUUGGUGACCUAUGAUUGUUUGCUGCAGGGUAUUCAGAAGCGAGUUACAGCAUUGGAUUGGAGUUAUGGAGGUGUGCAAUUGUUAUCUGCAUGUGAGAAUGACAGUGUGUUUAUAUACGGUCGUGAAUUCAAAGCUGGUCCAUGGAGUGUGCGUGCUUUAUACAGUCGGAAACAUGGUGCGGAGCAGACUCGGUUUGUAGGUUCCUCUCACAAGUUAGCGUUGGCAUUAUCUUCGUUCGAUCGUAGUACGACAAGUAGUGUAGGACGUAUAUGGGAUUUGAAUCAGAACCGGUUCCUCGUGGAAUACGAUUUUGGUGCUAAGGUGUUACGAGGAAAUGGUAUUGCUCAUCAUGGUUCGAGUAACUUAUUUCUUGCCAAUCUUUUAAAUGGGUCUGUCGCACUCCAUACCGCCGACUACUCGAGACCCCUUGCCGUCUUCACGACCACCGAGCCCAUGACCACCUUUAGUCCAAGCUACCCCAGUGGCCCAAUCGGCGGCCUCAGCAAGACUGGUGAAGGCAGCGUUGGUAGCGGCGUUGGUGGCGGCGUUGGUAGCGGCAUUGCCACCGGCAUUACCACCGGCAUUACCACCGGCAUUGCCACCGGCGAUAAUCUAUAUAGGAACUUCUUUCCCGUGUCAUCCUUCGACCCCACCUCAACCACCAUCGCCAUUGCGACCGACCCCAAGACCAUAAAACUACUCGACACGAGACACCUCACACAAGGUCCAUACGCCAUCCUACCCAUCUCGCCACGCGCCGGUGCAACCGAACGGGAAGGACUCGGCGGCUUCGUCCGCUCUCUCGACUUCACCCCACUCUCCGGCCACCUCCUCGUCACCACUAGCGAAGGACGCCUUUUCACCAUGGAACCCUGCUCAGGAGCCAUAUUAACCGAGUUCACACCACGCAACUCACGCCUCGUCUGCUCACAGCCGCGACCGGAAAGCGCGUGUGCAGCCUCCAUCGCACACUCCGCCUGCGGCUUCGGCUACCCCCAAAUCUCACCCGACGAGUCACUCAUCGCCUGUGGCCUCUACGACUCGGACUGUGACCACGGCAUCGUCCAACUCUGGUGCAAUCGAUCCGGCGGUGGCAACGUCGACGCGAAGCCACUUUCCGACCGAGACCUGCGCGACAGAGAACGAGAUCGCGACCUGCGGGACCGAGACCCGCGGGACCGCGACCCUCGGGACCUUCGGGACGUUCGGGACCCUCGGGACCUUCGGGACGCUCGGGACGCUCGGGACACUCGGGACCGUAAUGAUGCUCGUGGCCUUCGUGACCCACGGGACCGCGACUUCCGCGACCUCCGGGACCCUGCUCGAGACCGAGAUCGCGACGACCCUCGAGAGCGACAGCUGGCGUUCGGCCGGUUCCCGGACUUGCCGUACUUUCUGGCGUUCAAUCCGACCAUGUCGGAAAUUGCGGUGGGCGACAUUACAACAACCUCCUGGGUCAUUGAGCCGCGCAAGGAGUCCGUGAAGGACUCCACGUCGCCGCCACCCAGAGAGAAGAGAGAAGUCAUGGAACGCGUGCCCAGCGGGGAGUGUCCUCCGCCGCCACCACGAGAGAAGAGGCCAGAAGAUGAGGGCCCGGGCUGGGCCCCCGGAAGACCGCGUAAACCGCCGCCAAGUGCUCGAGACCCAGGUCGGCGCUUGGGGACGGCCGCGGGACAGCCUUACCGAUGA